AUGCCGCCAUUGACCACGGUAAUAGCGAUAGCCGUGAGCUGCUCCGUCGUCUUUAUAGUUUCUGCUAUAGUUGGCACGGUCAUCUGGAUAAGAGUCCGUCAGGAUCGUCUGUCGCUGGCGGUGGCAAACGCGAAGCAGGAUGGAUAUGCUCUGCAACAAUACCAGGGGGAGACGCUGACGGAACUCUCGCGGGAGGAGGGCACCGCAUUGCGACAGUAUGGACAGCUCCCAUACGGAAAGCCGUCUGAGUGGGGAGUUCUUUCAUCUCGCGAGAGUCUCAUCCAAUCCCCGGCGGACUCUGACACAUCAUCUCCUUUGGAUGAAAAAGCCCGUGACAUACGUCGUUCACUAUCGCGGUCCCUGUCAAGCCGCUCAGCGCGACUGUCACGACAUCUCCUAGGACCACAACGCCUCAGCUCACUGUCUCCACUGACAGAGCAUUCAGAGAAGCGGCAAUCGACUUCACCGACAGUAUCUGGAAUUGAUGAUGCCGUGCCGAACUCUGCUGUCGAGGGUGCGUUCGAGCUGGCGACGGAGACCACACCGCGGCAUACUCCAGACAGAGAAGAAGAGCAAUUGAGAGCAAGCCUCACCAGCCGACCAGGCUCUGGGGCAUGGCCACUGAAGCAUCAUAGGGAGCGGUCCGGCAGCCUGUACCCGCUCAUGGAGGAUAAACAAGACGGUUGCAACCCAUCAAAUAGCAGGGUACGAGGGGGAAGCAUUACUGCUCAAACGGCCGGGUCUGCACCCGAGCAACCUGUACCCCCACCACCAUGUGCCUAUCCACCAAAUCGCUUCCGUUUGUCAAGGAACGACUCGACCUGCCUCUCAUCGUUGAGCCUCGAAACCGCAGACAGCUCUAUUUUGGAAGACAGCAGAAGAACGUCAACAAAUGUCGACAGUACUUUCACAUCGCCAGCUCUGCCUCCGUGUCCUACGUUCGCGCCGUUUGAUGCCAACGAUGUCGGACGGAUGGAAUAUGACCGAAGAGGUCUUGGGGUAAUUCCAGCUGUACCAUCUCAAUUCGUCUUUCCGUCAAGUUCUGGCACCGCGUGGGAAGCCCAGAGGCUCGAAUCACCCCGCAGCUCUCCGCGUCGGAGCUUGACCACACGGAGUCCGAAUCAUUCGUCGGAACGCAUCAGUCCAUCGCCACGACGGAGCGAGUCUCUCACUGAUAACAAAGCCAAGCGAGACUCGUCCCUGUGGGUGAAGCCUCUGGAUCUGAGCCGUCCACCUUCCCUCAAUCCAGUACCUAAUGGAGCCUUGGUGCCACACUUCAGUCAAAUGCAGCGGCGUUCGAUGUAUAGCGAUCAGCGGAAAGAGCUCGAUCCAUUUUACAAUGUGAUGAGCAAUUCUGUCAUGAGCACUGAUCCCCGAUUGAAGCCUAGUUCUACUGGAAUUCCGGAUGGUCCUCUGCUAGGCCCGAAUAGCCAUCUUAAACCCCCUCUUCCCUCUGCACUCAAAGGAAGCAGUGGCACUCGCAAAGGCCAUCGGCGGCAGAACUGCGUUCGGAUCUCAAUACAUCCUCCAAUCACCUUUAGUGGCCCAGUGUUCUCGCCCACGGCCGAGGAGCCUGAGGAGACCGAAGAGAUCGAUACCAGCCGGGCACAAGUUCCUAAUUCAUCAAUCUCUCAAAUCUCACUUCAGUCCAACGGUUCAGGCCUUUCAGUGAGUCGAUUCAGCCAAGACGAGCAGCAGAAGGAGAACCCGCGAGUUACGGAGAUUACAGAUGAGCCACCCCGCAACUCGCAGGGAGGACCGCCCAAGCUUAGCGUGAACUCCCCUACCGAUGCCGGGGAUCGCACUCUAAGUAUUAUGGACAUGGAGAAGUCCCUGCCUGAUCUUGUGACGACUCUACCGCCCCCCAAGAUUGAUACCAGCCUGUCGAAGACGCCAUCUCCGGAAAAGAAUAGUCCGAUCUGGAUGAUUCCACAUUACAACAGCUCGCCGACGGGUUUUGAAAACUCCUCGAACCCUGGCAGUCCGCGCCGUACAGCCGUCAAGGGACCGCGUCAACCUCCGCCACGAUCAACAGCACGCAGCAGCUUCCGCUCACUGAAUCCCCUUGAUGAUAAUGCCAUGACGCAGUCAAGUCCGCCGAUGCGUCAUUCGCGUGGUCCCAGUAUGGGCAAGGAACCAGUUAGAAAUGCAGCCGAAUCACCAUUGCGUCCGAAGAACGACCCCCAAAACAUGGUGGCUCCGCGGUACCACGGUAGUCCGCAUCAGAUUGUUUCUCCGAUCAGACACUCUCAGGCGCAGCUCUGGCGGCCAGCGGCCGCUGUGCCAAAACCGCCAACUGCGAACAGCGGUAUCAUAGUUCCCAUUUGGGAAGACCGGGCUUCGGAACCCAAGGGAAAGGGUCCGCGGACUUCUUCAGUUCUUUCGCCCAGCGAACAUUCAGCACAAGUUGGGCGGGCAAAGAGCCACCGAUUAAAGCCCGGCCCCGGCAGUGCCCGACACGGAUUUCGAACCCCGACGAAAAAGCCUGUUGGACUGGGUAUUGGAGCAGCUACACCGGGAAGCUUGUAUGAUGGGGAUGGGUUCCUGAAAGAAUAG